AUGUUUAAAUCAGUAUUUCCAUCACUCGAAAUUCCCAGAACCAAUAUCCUCUCCUACCUCUAUCCUACGAAUCAAACGGUAUCCGACAACCCAAUAUGGAUCGACGCUCAGAACCCCGCAAAUUCCCUUUCCCCUCGCCAGAUGCUCUCGUGGGUGCGUCGCCUGGGAUUUGGCCUGGAUAGACUUGGAGUAAAAAAAGGCGAAGUGGUCAUGAUCAUCACGCCGAACCAUAUAUUCGUGCCAGUCGCAUAUCAAGGCAUCGUGGGAUCUGGCCGAAUCUUCAGCGGGGUUAAUCCUACCUAUACAGUGCCAGAGAUCCAGCACCAGCUCAAGGAUACUGGUGCCAAAAUUAUUUUGGCUCAUCCGAGCCUCAUCCAGACUGUCCUGGAAGCUGCCCGCGGAGUUCAAUUCCCGGAAGAUUGCAUCUUCCAGUUCUCCGAUCGCCCUUCCCGCGCCACACAUGGUAUUCUUGACUGGAGAGAAAUGCUGGGAUCCGAAGAGGAGGCAAAUAUGUGGAAAUGGGAUGAAUUGACAGAGACUGCAGCUUCGACAAUUGCCACUAUCAAUUAUUCUUCGGGAACCACUGGCCUUCCAAAAGGCGUGUGUUUGUCACAUUACAACCUCAUCGCGAAUGUGGAACAGUCUAUCUAUUGUCGCGACCAGGAGACCACUUAUUCGGCUGUUCCAGCAGCUCGUCCUGCAGAGAAAUGGGUUGGCCUUCUCCCACUAUACCAUGCGUACGGCCAACUUUAUGUGAUCUUGAUGGCCGUCAAACUGGAAAUUCCUGUCUAUAUUAUGCAGAAGUUUGUCUUCGAGGACUUUCUUGGGGGGAUCCAGAAAUACCGAAUUACCCAUCUCCAAUUGGUUCCACCCAUUUUGAUCAUGCUUGACAAACGACCAGAGACCCGAAAAUAUGACUUAAGCAGCCUCAAAAAUAUCUUGUGUGGAGCAGCACCACUCUCCCGGGAACUUCAGAACACGAUUCAAAGGAAGUUGAGGCUGAAUGUCGUUCAAUCCUGGGGAAUGACGGAGCUUACAUGUAGUGGACUUUAUGUCCCCGGUGGUCGCACCGACGACUCAGGCUCUGUUGGUAUGCUUAUUCCAAAUUGCGAAGGCAAGGUUCUUGACGACGAAGGGAGACUCAUCUACACAGGUGAGCCCGGUGAGCUGUAUAUCCGAGGCCCCAAUGUUUGCAUGGGUUACUGGAGGAACGAACAAGCUACCCGUGAGUCUCUCGAUGCAGAGGGCUGGCUCAAGACCGGAGAUGUUGUUACUGUCCGUGGCAAUUCUUUUUGGAUCGUUGAUCGCAAAAAAGAGUUGAUUAAAGUGAAUGGUCUACAAGUAGCCCCUGCGGAGCUCGAAGCCGUGCUUCUGGAGCAUGCUGAUAUCGCAGACGCCGGGGUGGUUGGCAUCACGAUGAAUGGGGAAGAACUGCCCCGGGCCUACGUGCGGCUGCAGGAUAAUCAAGUAUCUCAAACCUCAGAAGCCCAAAUUCAGAAUUACAUGAAGACUCGCCUGGCGAAACACAAGCAACUCACUGGUGGUGUGAUACUUGUGAAAGAAGUUCCACGAUUUGCAAGUGGAAAAAUCCAGAGGAGAGUUCUCAAGGAAUGGGCUAAACGCGACGCUGACUUGUUGGGACAGCAAUCAUCUAAACUAUAG